UGAAAGAGAAAUUUCAUUUUUAAAAUCACAGGAAAUAUCCAAGAACUUCAGUUUAUAAAACUUGCAAGAACGGUGGAACCUACAUGAUAGCUUUUCUCCGUGAUUCACGUACUUCAUAAAAAGAUAACUUUAUUUCCAUUAAGCCAUUGUCAGUCAAGAUCGUCAAUGUUACACAAAGCCUCUUUGUAAAUCAUUGCUCUCUAGAUCUCGUAAAAUCUCUGUGAUCUAUAGAUCUUUCUCUCCAGCGUAGUAAUGGAUCUUUACCUUCUCCUUGUGACUGUUUCUGCUACCAUCUUUACGCUUUUAGGCAGAAGAAUCUUUUCUUUUGUUUAUGCAAAGUUCAGAGUCCAAGAAAACAAAAUAAUUGCUUCUUCAUCAUCUCCCCAGUCGUCUUUGCCUAUACACGAUGUCUUCCCGAGCUUCCACGGAGCGGAUGUCCGUAAAUCUUUUCUCAGCCAUUUUCUCAAGGAGUGUAGGAGAAAAGCAAUCAACCUGUUCAUUGAUAACGAGAUCACAAGAGGAGAGUUUAUCGGACCUGAGCUCAAGAAGGCAAUCCAAGGAUCAAGAAUUGCGAUUGUGUUGCUCUCGAAAAGAUACGCUUCUUCCUCUUGGUGUCUUGACGAGUUAGUGGAGAUCAUGAAGUGUAAAGAAGAGUUAGGUCAAACAGUGAUGCCCGUUUUCUAUGAAGUGGAUCCAAGUGAUGUCAAGAAGCAGGCCGGUGAGUUUGGGAAAGUCUUUAAAAAAACUUGUAAAGGCAAAACAAAUGAGGUUAUUAUAAAAUGGAGUCAAGCUCUAGCUAAAGUGGCCACACUCGCUGGUUACCAUUCAAAUAACUGGGAUAAUGAGGCAAAAAUGGUCGAAGAUGUUGCCACUGAUGUUGCAAAGAAGUUGUUUAACUCCACACCGUCAAGAGAUUUCGACGAAUUCAUUGGGAUGGAAGCUCAUAUGAACAAGAUUUCGCGGAUUUUACGCACAGAUUUGGAUGAAGUGAGGAUGAUAGGGAUUUGGGGGCCCGCUGGGAUUGGCAAGACCACCAUUGCUAGGUGUCUGUUCAAUCAACUCUCCCAUACUUUUCAACAUAGUGUCUUUCUGAUGAAUGUCAAAGCAAUGUGUACGCCACCGGUUUGUUCAGACGACUACAACGUGAAGUUGCAUUUGCAGCAAAUGUUUCUGUCUCGAUUAACCAACCAGAAGGAAGAUUUCAAGAUUUCUCACUUGGGAGUUGCACAAGAAAUACUGAAUGACAAGAAAGUUCUUGUUGUUCUUGAUAACGUUGAUCGGUUAGUACAGCUAGAAGCCAUGGCCAAAGAAAUUCUUUGGUUUGGUCAUGGAAGUCGGAUUAUCAUUACAACGCAAGAUCGAAAGAUUCUGAAGGGACAUGGGAUCACUCAUAUUUACAAGGUUGAUUUUCCGUCAGAUUGUGAGGCUAUUCAGAUGUUUUGUACGUAUGCUUUUGGUCAAAAGUCCCCUAAAUAUGGGUUUGAGAAGCUUGUACGGGAAGUUACAACACUCGCCGGGAACCUCCCUUUGGGACUAAGGGUUAUGGGAUCUUAUUUUCGUGGAAUGUCCAAGCAGGAGUGGGAGAAUGCACUACCAGGGCUGAGGAUGUGCCUCGAUGGAGAAAUUGAGAGCAUUUUGAUGUUCGGUUAUAACGCAUUAUCUCAUGAAGAUAAAGAUUUGUUUCUUCAUAUAGCCUGCUUUUUCAACUAUGAUAGGAUGGAGAAUGUGGUAGAGAAUCUUUUGAAGAGAUUUUCUGAUGUGAGGCAAAGGCUUAACGUCUUAGCUGACAAGUCUCUCAUAUCUUUGGAAAGGGAACGUGUGAUUAUGCAUGAUCUGCUAGUCCAGCUGGGUAGAGAUAUUGUCCGCAAACAGUCCAGUGAGCCUGGACAACGCCAGUUUCUGGUCGAUCAAAAAGAGAUUUGUGAAGUACUUGCUGAAGAUGUAGCGGGUAGUAGAAGUGUUAUUGGCAUAAAUUUCUAUGGAGACGAAAUAAAUGUGAGUGAGAGAGCAUUUGAAAGAAUGUCUAAUCUCCAGUUCUUAAGACUCGGACUGCAAAUUAAUGGAGAACUAGAUGCAUUUCAUCUAUAUGGUGGACCAAGCUAUUUAUCUCCUAAACUUAGAUUACUAAUGUGGAAAUGUUUUCCGAUGACAUGUUUGCACUGUAUUCCCAACCCAGAGCUCCUCGUGGAACUAGUCAUGAUUGACAGCAAACUUGAGAAGUUGUGGGAAGGAACUAAACCGCUUAGCAAUCUCAAGUGGGUGGAUCUGAGGUAUUCAAAAAACUUGAAGGAUGUUUCUAGUCUCUCAACUGCCACUAGUCUACAGGAGCUAAGUCUCAUAGGAUGUUCAAGUUUAGUGGAGCUUCCAUCUUCUAUUGGGGAUUCCGUUCAUCUCAAGAAGUUGGAUCUCAGUGAAUGUUCAAGUUUGAUUGAGCUUCCUUCCUCUAUUGGGAAUGCCAUUCAUCUCAAAGAGUUGGAUCUCAGAGGAUGUUCAAGUUUGGUAGAACUUCCCUCCUCUAUUGGGAAUGCCAUAAGAAAUUUCGAGGAAUUGAAUUUUAAUGAUUGCUCAAGUUUAGUGGGAGUCCCUUCCUCUAUAGGAAACGCCACUAAUCUCAAGCGUUUGAAGUUUAGUAGAUGUUCAAGUCUUGUGGAACUUCCUGCCUCUAUUGGAAACCUCCAUAAACUAGAAUCUUUGAUUUUGGAAGAAUGUUGCAAGCUGGAGGUUCUUCCUGUCAACAUCAACUUGAAAUCUCUGAUGAAACUUGAUCUCACUGAUUGCUCCUUGAUGAAAAGUUUUCCUGAGAUCUCGACAAACAUCGAAUAUAUGUAUCUCACUGGAACUGCGAUUAAACAAGUGCCUUGGAUCAAGAGAAUCUCUUGUCUUUAUCGACUUGUACUCAAGGGAUGCAAAGAGCUCUUAUCACUCCCACAGCUUCCAGAUUCCUUAUCAGUGAUAGACGCAGAAAACUGCGAGUCUCUGGAGAGACUAGACUGCUCCUUUCUUAAUCAACAGAUUGAUCUCAACUUCGCCAACUGCUUCAAGCUGAAUAAAGAAGCGAGAGAUGUCAUCAUCCAGACAUCGACUUAUCAAUUUACCAUCUUACCCGGUAAAGAAAUGCCUAACUACUUCAAUUACCAAUCUAAUGGAGGUUCCCUAGUAAUGAAGUUGAACGAGAGGCCUUCACCUUCAUCUAUGACAUGGAAGGCUUGCAUCUUGCUGGUUAGUGCAGUUGGGAUUGAAGCUGCUAAAGGAGAAGCAGUGCAUGUUUAUCAUGGGAUCAAACAGAAUAGCCUCGAUGUCCCGUGCAGUCCAACACACCGCACUAUGUUUCCCCUUUUAAGGGAACAUCUGUACAUCUAUGAAUUCGAAGCAGACGUGACUUCAGACGAACUUUGCUUUGAGUUUUGGCUCAGCAGUGGUGGGUUUGGGGUCGACAGAGACUCAUGGAUGAUAGAAAAAUGUGGAGUGCAUUACAUUAAUACCAGUUAAUAAUGUUGUGUUUUUUUUUUGUGUAUUAUUAUCAAUUAUCCUGUUGUGGUGGGUUAAGAGCAGUUACUAAUACCUUUAUGAAUAAACGAGGAACCAAUUCUUUGUUAUC